CUCAUGUGGCGUGUCCUACUUCUUCACGAUCAAUCGCUUGCAACGGGGCGAUGGCAGCUAGGUAAUACGCCGUUGGAAAACUGCUGUGACUAGUCCACGUACAACAACCAACCGAAGGAAGAAAAACAAUACACAGUACAAUGGUCCCGUGGUUCGAUAUUCGGUCGAUCAAUCUGAUCAACUUUCUGUUCGUCAACCUGAUCGUCACCGUUGUGGUUCUGGGUGGAUUAUUGGCAACUAUCGAGAAGCACCUACCAACAGCCAUUCGACAGACGUUUCGCUACGGUAAACAUGCACUCAAAGAUACGCCGGAUCGUUUGGUGUCUUUGCUGGAGGUUCCCAAGGCUUGGUUCAAGCACUUCUACGUUUUUGCUGCUGUCUGGGCGCUUGCUGGGUUUGCUGUGAUGAUGGGAACGUACAUUUCUGGUAAACCAGCUCCUGAGUACGUGAUAUCAUUCCUCGAUACGAUGGCUACAAAUAGGCGCAUGGUGCGUACGACACCGACUGAAACAAUGAUUGCCAUGACGCUGAUCACGCUACAAUGCUUACGGCGGUUCUACGAAACCUGGUUCGUGCAGGUGUUUUCCAGCAAGUUGAAAAUCAAUCUCUCCGCGUACCUCGUCGGAUACAUUCAUUACUUCGGUACGGUCGUGGCAAUCCUGUCGCAGGCGGAAGGAUUCACCCGCAUGGGUCCUGUUUCGCUACCUACCAAUGGAUAUCGGUUUGAGCCCAGCUUAUCGCUAGGUUUAGCAAUCGGAGUGUUUUACUAUGCCUGGUUCCACCAGUACCGCUCGAACGUAAUCCUAGCUAAUUUGCGCAAAGAUAAAGUUGGAAAGGUGAUCAACCAUAAGCACAGUCUUCCGACCGGAGACUUCUUCGAAGUCGUUUCCUCACCGCACAUGUUCUUCGAAAUCGUCAUGUACGUCGUAUUGUUCGCGGUGUUACAUCGGAACAGCUCUAUGGUUUACGUGCUGCUAUGGGUGCUUUCGAAUCAGCUAAUGAACUCGUGGCUCACACACCAGUGGUACGUGGAAAACUUCCCCAACUAUCCGAAGCAAAGGAAAGCUCUCGUACCCUACGUUCUGUAGGAGCGACUAAAAGGGAUUAGUUCACUUUAACGGGUUCCAGGUGCUGGGAAUUUCAGGACAAACACGGGUACGUUCAAAAAUGUUUCAAAUGGUGCUAAGCAAAUAAGUAACAUAGGACGUAUUUCUUACCUUAAAAGGUUCUACAAGGUGAUUAAAAUGUUGAUU